AUGGAUUUCCAUGUUAAAAGUGAGAAUUGUGUAGAUCGAGAGUGGGAGAGUGCAGAAAAUAUCGAGAAAAUUGCUCUAACAAAAAUAACAAUUCAUCCUACUCCUUCAGUUGUGUGUGAGAAAGAUGAAAUUUCACAGGGGAGAAAAUCUGCGUCAAAAAUGGAGGAUGAAGGAUGGCGUUGGGAGAGACGAAGGGGAAUGAAGAAUAUGAGUGAAAAACUAGAUCGAUUUGUGACAAAGACAAAACGCUCUCGGCUAGAAGAACCAUCAACAUCAAAUGAUAAUGUGAAUAUUGGAAGGCCAACUAAUGAUAUCGUCCAAGAAGGACAAGUUCAAGGUAUUCACUCUCAAUUGCAAAUAGAAGUUAAUGCGAACACUAUUGAGGCCGACCCGGGAUUAAGAUUGCCUAUUAGUGUUCUUGCUAAGACUUCAAAAGAGCUUGAAACUAUCCGGAGAGCUUACUUACAAAAAGGUCCUUGUCAACCUCGACUCCAUACAUUUCCUCAAUCUACUUUAUAUGGACAAGAACGUAGAUUUAGUGCGGAUUGGUACAAUGAAUUUGGUAGUUGGUUGGAAUAUAGUGAAAGUAAAGAUGAGGUAUUUUGCUUAUGUUGCUAUCUUUUUAAGGUUGGCGAUAGUGCAAAAGGGGGUGGUGAUAAAUUUGUUGGUGAAGGUUAUAAGAAUUGGCACAAGAAAAAGAGUUUGAGAACACACGAGGGAAAUCAUGAUAGCGUUCAUCAUCAUUGCUACAUGGCUUGUCAAGAUUUAAUGAAUAAUAAAUGUCACAUAGAUGUUCCUCUUGCGAACAAAACUAAAGAAUCUAAACGUGAGUAUUACAUUCGGUUGCGUACAACGACUAAAGCCAUAAGAUAUCUCUUACGGCAAGGACUUGCAUUGCGGGGGCAUGAUGAAUCAAAUGAGUCGCUAAAUAAAGGUAAUUUUGUUGAGCUUAUCAAGGUUAUGGCGGAAGACAACGAUGAAAUUAAUCGAGUUGUUUUGGAUAACUCUCCGGGAAAUUGCAUAAUGAAAGCACCAAAUAUUCAAAACCAAAUUAUCAGUUCAUUUGCCCAUUUUGUCUUGAAGGCUAUUCUUUGUGACAUUGGUGAUGAUUUCUUUGCUUUACUAGUUGACGAGACACGUGAUGUUUCCAUUAAAGAACAAAUGGCCGUUGCUUUACUUUAUGUGAACGGUGAUGGGAAAAUUAUUGAACGUUUUAUUGGCGUUGUUCAUGUUCCAAACACUACUGCACGAUGUCUGAAAGUUUCUCUUGAGUCUCUUCUUACGACAUUUGGCUUGAGCUUGUCACGUGUGCGUGGCCAAGGUUAUGAUGGAGCUAGUAACAUGCAAGGAGAGUUUAAUGGUUUGAAGAGUUUAAUAUUGAAAGAAAACAAGUCUGCUUUUUAUGUCCAUUGUUUUGCUCAUCAACUUCAGUUGGCUCUUGUGCAAAUUACUAAGAAGAACAAGCAAUUAUGUGAGUUUUUUGGUUCUCUUGCAAUGUUAGAAAAUAUUAUUGGAGGUUCUUGUAAACGUCAAGAGUUGCUUCGGGAGAAACAAUUUGAAAAACUGUGCGAAAAGAUUUCUUUUGAUAAUUUUGUAACGGGUAGUGGUUUGAAUCAAGAAGCCACUUUAAAAAGGCCGGGAGAUACACGUUGGAAUUCAUAUUAUUUCACAAUCUUGAGUAUGAUUAAGUUGUUCUCGUCGGUGGUUGAUGUACUAAAGUAUUUAGCAAAUAACGGUGAUGAUGUUGCUCAUUGUGGACAAGCCACAAUUCUUUUAAGAAAUAUUGAGUGUUUUGAGUUUGCCUUUGUUUUGCACUUAAUGAGAUCAGUCUUGGGAAUCACAAAUGAUUUAUCACAAGCAUUGCAAAAAAAAGACCAAGACCUUGCUAAUGCCAUGAAGCUUGUUACUUUUGCUAAAGAUCGACUGCAAGAAUUGAGAGAAGAUGGUUGGGGCAAAUUGUUGCAAGAAACUUCAGAAUUUUGUGUUGAGCAUGACAUUCUUGUCCCAAACAUGGAUGAUAAUUUUCUACUUUACUCAAGAGAUGGCAGAAUAUCCCGGAGAGGUACACAAAUUACAAACUUGAAUCAUUAUCAAAUUGAGGUGCUUUACACAGUCAUAGAUCUUCAACUUUCAGAGUUGAACGAUCGUUUUGAUAAUACCAAUACGGAGUUACUUAGUUUGAUAUCGUGUUUUGAUCCAAGUAAUUCGUUUUCUGCUUUUGAUACAAAUGCUUUGGUGAAAUUAGCUGGAUUUUAUCCAAGCGAGUUUGAUGAUUGUGGUCUUAUCGUUCUUGAAAAUCAACUUGAAAAUUUUAUUAGAGAUGUUAGAAGUGAUCAAGACUUUUCAAAUAUGGUGGGGGCUAGUAGGCUUGCUGAGAAGUUGGUUGCAAAGAGAAAACAUAUUACUUAUCCAUCGGUGUAUUUGCUAUUGAAGUUGUCGUUAAUUUUGCCGGUUGCAACCGCAUCAGUGGAAAGGGUAUUUUCUGCAAUGAAGAUUGUCAAGUCAGAACUACGCAAUCGUAUGGGGGAUCAAUUGUUGAAUAAUAUUUUGGUGUCGUACAUUGAAAAGGAUAUAUUAGAUAAUGUUAGUGUCGACGAAGUGAUGACUUUUUUCCAAGAAAUAGGACCACGUCGAAAAAUAUUUUAG